GGUCCGUGUGUGUCUUGUGUUGUUGUUCGGCGGCAGCGGCGGCGGCGGUAAGAUGGCUGCCCACGGGGGCUCCGCGGCGUCCUCGGCGCUGAAGGGGUUAAUUCAGCAGUUCACCGCCAUCACCGCUCCCGUCCUCCCUUCUGAGGAAGAGGCGACGACGGCGUCGGGUCUCCGGGUUCAGGCGGGAGACAGCCCCCCCCGCGCACCCCAUACCUCGUUCUCGGUCUUCUCGCAGUGUGGAGGGAGACACCCCACUCACCCCCAAUGCCCCCAUUGUCAUCCAAGACCCGGGGAAUGGGCCGAUCUCAUCCGCCCCCGCCGGCCCGGGGACCUGGGGGCGGGAGAGGUGGGGGGCCGCACCCGGGCCACCGCCCUCCUCCUCCUUCAUUACCUUCCCUUCUCUGUGCAGCCGUGGGGUGCAGUGCAUCUCUCACCUCCUUUUUCCAUUCUUCCUCGGCCAGGUCAUUCUCCCCCAGUCCCUGGCCUGCCCUUCCCCUUUCUGGGCCCCUCAGAGCCAUCGCCGUGGCCCUGGCGUGCUCGGGCCCUCCCGCCUUAACGACGAGGCUGGUGGGUUCGGCAGUGCCUUUACCGAUCCUGGGGGAUAGGCCGCUAGAAAGGGGGGUGCUGAGAAGUACCUUCAAGACAGAGGUUUUAAGAGAAGAAUGAGGGGGAACCCCCCCAACCUUAAUAGGGAAGGCCUGGAGGAAUCCUGGGUGGCGUUUCCCACCUCCCCAUAAUAAAAUAAUAAAGACUGGGACGAUGGCGCCGGAGCCUCCUGCUGAUAAAAUAGGGAUGGCGGCAGAAACUUCUUUGAGAGAAAGUCAGUUUUUGGGUGUCAGCAUCCCCCAAAUCCUCGGUUAUUUUCCCUUGGACCCCUGCGAAGGGCACACGCAGAUCCUCUUGCCGCCUGGAGGAAAGGCCCUAAGCCAUUCUAUGAAUUCUCUAUGCCUUGUUUCUCUCUGAUGGUGCUGAACUUUUUUUGCAUGAGUUAUUAGAGGGCGGAGCAAAUGAUGAAGUUCUCUGUGGAGUGAUUUGAGAGAAGAGUACUCCAUGUGCCUGAGUGUAAUUUUGCCGUUCUAGUUUGUCAUUUUGGAAGGAGGUGCAAGCGAAAGUGUAGGGAAACAUAUGCUCGAAGCCUGCAACAAUAAUCUGGAGAUGGCAGUCACUAUGUUUUUGGAUGGUGGAGGAAUUGCUGAAGAGCCCAGUACCAGUUCAGCAAGUGUCUCCACAGUCAGACCACACACAGACUCCUAAAAGACGACGGCCUGCACGUUCAAUAUUUGAUGGUUUCCGAGAUUUUCAAACUGAAACUAUUCGGCAAGAACAGGAAUUAAGAAAUGGAGGAGCAAUAGAUAAGAAACUAACUACCCUUGCAGAUCUCUUCCGGCCACCUAUUGAUUUGAUGCAUAAAGGCAGCUUUGAAACAGCCAAAGAGUGUGGCCAGAUGCAAAAUAAGUGGCUAAUGAUAAACAUUCAAAAUGUACAAGACUUUGCAUGCCAGUGCCUCAACCGUGAUGUAUGGAGCAAUGAAGCUGUGAAGAAUAUUAUCCGGGAACAUUUCAUUUUCUGGCAGGUUUAUCAUGACAGUGAGGAAGGUCAGAGAUACAUACAGUUUUAUAAGCUGGGGGAUUUCCCCUAUGUUUCCAUCCUGGAUCCACGGACAGGUCAGAAGCUAGUAGAGUGGCACCAGUUAGAUGUAUCUUCUUUCUUGGAUCAAGUGACAGGAUUUCUGGGUGAACAUGGGCAACUGGAUGGACUUUCUAGCAGUCCCCCCAAAAAAUGUGCCCGUUCAGAGAGCCUUAUAGAUGCAAGUGAAGACAGCCAGCUAGAAGCUGCCAUCAGAGCCUCCUUGCAAGAGACACACUUUGAUUCAACACAGACAAAACAGGAUAGCCGCUCAGAUGAAGAAUCUGAAUCUGAACUUUUUUCUGGCAGUGAGGAGUUCAUAUCCGUUUGUGGCUCUGAUGAAGAAGAGGAGAUAGAGAAUCUUGCCAAGUCCAGAAAAUCUCCCCACAAAGAUUUGGGGCAUAGAAAAGAGGAGAACAGAAGGCCAAUGACUGAACCCCCAGCCAGAACUGAGCCUGGAGCAGCCACAAACCACCAAGGAUUGCCAGCUGUGGAUUCAGAAAUAUUGGAGAUGUCACCUGAAAAAUCAGAUGGAAUAGUGGAGGGCAUAGAUGUAAAUGGACCAAAAGCACAGCUGAUGUUGCGGUAUCCAGAUGGAAAAAGGGAACAGAUCACUCUUCCAGAGCAAGCUAAACUGUUGGCUUUGGUGAAGCACGUCCAGUCUAAAGGAUAUCCAAAUGAACGUUUUGAACUUCUCACCAACUUCCCUCGAAGGAAACUCUCUCAUCUGGACUAUGACAUUACAUUACAGGAGGCAGGCCUUUGUCCUCAAGAGACUGUCUUUGUACAGGAAAGAAAUUAACAUCAUGGCCUGACCUCUCUCAGUUUACCCCUUUUUUCCCUUUCCUGUGAGAUACCAUGUCACUAAGUAUGCAUUUUGGCUCAUAGGACCAUAGAGCCAAAGUUGGGCAAGCAAGUCACCUGCCUUCUCUUUUAUUUCUUGCUCUCUCCUAUAUUCAGUCUCUUUUCCCCCUCCCCCACCUUUUCAGUCCUCUUCUAUUUUCUUCUUUUUCCUACUAUUCUUCCUUUCUUACCUAAUCUGGUGACCAAAUGGAAGUGUAAGGAUUAGACCUCCUAGUACUGGCAGCAGGAAAUGUGUGUUCCAAUAAGUGGUCUCUUGCACGGCACUUUUUUGGGAUCAAAUGAUAAUGUUACUCCUCAGAUCCUUUGGUAAAGGAAUGGCUAGAUUCAGAAUAAGAACAACCUCCCUUUUUUGUAAGCCCCAUUUUUGGUAGGGAAAAGAAACUCUAUAACACAUGUUUUGUUGUUCAUGUAAGAAAUAUCACGUGACAAAAUAUCCAGGCUUCCGUUUACAUGGAAAAAGCAUCCCUUAAAUUAUUGCUCAUCAUAUUUAAAAUUUUUUUCAACGAUUCCCAUGUACCCAGCUAGAAUUAUUUCCAUGGUAUGUGUUAUUGGCAGAAUGAGUGUUAAAUGUAGGGUGAGUAGCAUGGGGUGGCUUUCAAUAUCCUAGCCUGAAACAGCUUUCUUCAUUAUUACUUUAUAAACUGUACUGAUCCUGCUAGUCCUGAAAGGGACAUUUAGUGAGGCUCUUGUGGUGAUUAGAAUAGGAAGGUGCUUGCUGUUUUUGCCAGUACAGCAUAUUAGUUCCCUUGGCCCUUCCAUUGUUUGGGUCCACAAGUGGUCUAUGGGAAGGCAGCUGUUCAAUAAUCAUGCAGUCCAGUGGCUUGUAGUUGUAACCACUAUGGUUAUUGAUCAUCCUACGGGCUUUAAGGCAUACUUAAUGUAUGUCCCGGGGGGGAAAAGAAGAAGAUGCAGCUGAGAGUUGCUAACCAUGUUCCUGCGGUUAGAAUGAUUCAUUUUUUUUUUUUACCCCCGGUUGGAAUAGUUUUCUAAAAGGCUCUGGUGACUAAAUGAGCUUAAUUCCUCUACUGUUUUCUUGCAAAAGGUAUCAAAACUGAAAGCCUCUGUAAGGGGAAGACCUUUAAAUUCAAUUUAUAAGACAACAUUUAGUAAGGGAGGUGGAGAAAAUUAUCAGCAAUCUUCAAAUGUUGUGGGGUUUUUCUGCCAACAAAAGCUACGUUCAAAAUGUGGUUGGUGAAAGCUUUUUUCCGUAUUACUUAGAAGAGGCCAUCUUGAAUCUAUGUAAUACUGUUUGACUUAUCACCUUCACUGUAUGCUCAAUUCUUAUUUUGAGCUUUAGAGUCCUCUGAAGGGGUAGUAAUGAUUCUGGUGGCAAAAUCAGAACUUUAACCUUGUUGUAUAGAAUGGGCCUAUUUUGUCAAUUGGGGAUUUGGAUCGAUCGAUUCUUCUCCUUGAGGAACAUAAAUUGCUAUUGCUCAGAGACCUUUAGGUUCCCAUCUACUUUAAGAUCACUCUCUUGGCAACUAGGGGAUUAAAAAAAAAGAUGCUUAUGUGUUGCUAGUACACAAUUUGAGAAUAUGGUUUCUAAUGGUUGGAUUUAGAGGGACCCUUCCUAAAGAAUGAGUUAUGUAUCUCCUCAAGGAAAUCAUGGAAAAUUCUGUUUAUUCUUCAGUGAGUCCUUUUGAAUUAAUGUUCUUACAUUUUUUUCUAAGUCUGUGUAAGUGCUUAUGUAUAAGUAUAUAAUUGUAUAAAUAUUUAUAAAUAUAUUUAUAUAAUUACAAUUUCAUUUAUACCUUGAGUCAAAGUUCUCUCUUUAGAUUGGUGACUGAGUAAUACCAUUUUGGUGUUUUUUCAUAGGCUCUCAAGUAACUAGCAGCUUCUGAUUUAUUGAGGAGGAAACGUGGUGUUCAUGUUAAUUCCUCAGUUGUAUCUCUCAACUUGGAUAAUGUACUUGCUAUCUGAGGAAUAGAGCUCUAUACUAGCAAAGGUGCAGUAGAGGGUUAAAAAACUGUUGAGUAGCCAAGGUCAGAAAUGUAAAAAUUCAGGGAGGCACAGGGUAAGAACUGAGGGUAUGCCCAGCUUUGGUGCUGUGAUGGCACCUAUCCACUCUCUGCAGAGUCACAGCUAAAGCCCAAAUCUGUCAAAAAUGUGAAGUCAAGAAUUUUCCCUGUGGGACUCUUUCAUUCUUUUGCUUACUAACUUCUCUUUAUAAAACAUAUCUCAAGAACCUGAGACAUGUUCAUUAAUGAUAGGAUGUAGUUCUACCUUUUUGAUGAAGUCAGCCGUGGCAUAUCCGUUUAUGAGAAACCAAAGUGACUUUUUCAACAUGGAUUUUACUGUGAGAUGACCCAAGUAUGUAUAAAAUGAUUUAAGUAAGCAUAUCAAAGACUUAGGGCAUGAGAUACUGAUCCAACUUAGGUACAACGGGUGUGUUUAGAGUACAAGAUGUAGAGGAUUUUCUUUUAUUGUGAGGCAGAAGUGUAAUUAUCCUGAGUUUGAUACAGAGGCCCAUGGGGAGAGUAAAUGAGUAUUGCUUCGCUCAUGAACUUAAUUCACUAAAGGAGUAAGCUUCCUCCAGUUUGUCUUAUUUCCUCUGCUCUGUGGAGGAGAGAUUUUAUUGAAUAGAUUAAGUGAAGCUAGUAAGAUUAGUUAAAAAUAGUCGUUCCUUGUAGGUAUUGGAAACAGCUUGAAAGAACAGGCGGGUUGGAAAAGGACAAGAGAGACUUUGAGAGGGACAAGAAACAAAUACAGGCAGAUGGAAUGAAAACUAGUGGGGGAAGAAAGUGACAGGAAACACCUUUUGAUUUUAAUUUAGAAAGGAACCAGAGAGAGAGAACAGCCAAAUGAGGGAAGAAUGGGAAACUAAUUUUGAGUAACUAGCAUGUGCUAGGUACUUCCUGUGCAUUUUCUCCUUUAAUCUUCCUAAGAACUCUACAAAGUGUAUAUUGUCCCCAUUUUGUAGAUACAACACAAUUGAAGUUUAGAGAAUAUGUUCAGGAUGUCACAGCUAGUAAUGGGCAAAAUCAAAAUUGGCAUCCAGAGUCCAUGCUUUUUUCACUCCCUUGCUGUUGUCUCCUACAACAGGGGAAUCAGUUUACCCAAAAGGUUAUCUUCCUGUUGUUUGGCUCUGUAAAUUAUCAUUUGGUUUUGUUUCCUUAAAGCCUGUGGGAUUUGCACUAUGCCUAUAAAUUCUUACUUACACCACUGUUUUGAGGGACUGAUGAUUGCUUUUUAAAAAAAUGAUGCACUGAUGAAAAUGUGAAAGGAAAAUAUGUGGCAUUAUUUGCCAAGAAUAAAUGGAAAGGAUAAAAAAUAAUUUUAUCUUUUUUUAACCAUUUUUGGGAAAAGAUAGUUAUCUUUUCUUUGUCCCACCCAUACCAGAUUAUUGAACUCUCUGUGUAUGUUUUUAAAUCUCCUAUAACAUUCUACUUCCUUGACUCAAAGUCAACAAGUAUUUACUGAGUCCUUAAUCAAAGUUGGAAAUAUCUUGAAGUCUAAUACCUGGUUCCUUCUGUUUUAUCCAGUUGGAAAGAUACACUACACAUCAGAUAAUUGAAGAACAUGUAUAAAUGCUUACCUUUCUGGUGCUGAACAAUAAUUACAAUAAAAGUUUAGAAAGGGGAAAGACUUAGGCUUUCAUUAGGAGAGUCCACAAAAAUAAAUAAAGAAAUUAAAUAAAUAAAUAAAUAAAUAAAUAAAACCGAAAAGUGGCAAACACUAUAGCUCAAAGUUUUUGACUCACCUGUAUUCAUUCUUUAGUUCCAUCUUUUGUAAUUACUAGACUUAGGGCAUGACUUUUAUCAGUAAGGUACACCCAGCACCCAAAUAGGAAAGGAUUAUUGAUCCUGGGACUAAAGAUUUUAGCUAGCAAGGAUCUCACUUGGACACUUAGGAAAAUACCAGAGGGAGCCACUAGGAACUGGAAAGUGAAGGAAAGAUUUCAUUUCUCUCCCCAGGUACAAAUCAAAUGUAUAAAGGGGCACUAUGUGUAGGCAUAAGUGCACUUGGGUAACAGCUCUGCUACUAACAGAAUUGGAGUAGAUCAACAGUUCUCAGUCUUUUCAAGUAAAAGGACUUAAAAAUAUUAAAAUUCGGCAAGAGUGGGGAAUUGUGGGGUUAAGCAUUAAUAACAUUAAGUCCACAGACGAGGAAAAAUGUAAAUGUGCAUGUGGAAUUGCAGACCCUUUGCAAAAACUCUAGGAACCCACAGAUUGUAGACCACCAAAUUAGAUUAUCUUUGAAGUCCUUUCCACUCUAAAAUUUUUUGCUUCUAAUUUCUUUUCUUUAUAUUAUCCCUAGGCUAAUUAAAAAUAUUCUUGUUAAUCACUUCCUUUGGUUUUUUUCUGUUUCCAAGUUUCAUUUGCCCAGUAACUUAAUCUAACCUCACUGUGAUGACUAAAAUCUCCAAAAGGAAAAUAUCAUAAUUCUAGAUCUAGUAAUGAGCUUUUAAACACAAUUCAUUAAUUUUAAAAAACUUCAUUCUGUGUUUCUAAUCGGUGUUAAGUAUGACUAAAAUGUAACUAAUGAGAACCAAAUAUUUCACUGACACCAGAGUUAAAUUUAUUUUACCUGUGUGCUUAAACAAAGCACUUUACUGGCUGAGGAGUUGUUAGGAAAUUGAUUUAUGUAAGUUGUAGAAUUCACACUUGGUUUUGGCAGAAACAAUUUUUUCAAGAUUCAGUUAGGCUGACUUUCAAAAAUAUUUAUCUCACAGAGUAUAUCUCCAUUAUGUCAUUCAUGUUCUCUCUCUGGCCCUCUUUGAGUUAACUACUCAAUAGUAAAUCAUAGGAUGCUGGUUGAUGAAUAAGUGAUGGCUUGUGUAAAACUAAAUGAGAGUAGGAAGAACCAGCCCUACUGAUGAGCAUGGCAGUUGUCCAAUAUUACAAGCCUUGAUGAAAAGGCUACUUAAAGACAGCUGUGUCCUAUGAAUAUUCAACUUCAUUGAUUUGCGUUGCAUAGCAUAUCAAUUAUUGUCUUGACUUGAAACUUAGUAUUGCAUUGUACACGGUAUAGACUGGUGGCAAGAAUGUUUUCGUACAGAAAAUAACCAACAGAAUAUCAUGGCACUAUCUUGGUUCCUCCUAUUCUAUAGAAAUUUAGUAUUUUAGGGAUGGUUAUUUUAGUCUUUGAACACUACUAGAGAGACAGCUUAGAAUCAAGAAUAUUUUUUUAUAGAGAUUAUGACGACCUUGAUAGUUUCCCCAUGAAGUGAACUUGUGAUUAAAUUACUGGAUGUGAUGAUGAGACUGUUAAUUAGAAAAUCGUUUCAUCCUACAUUCUCUUUUACUUUGCCAUUCUCUAUUCUCAAUUUUUUUGGACAUCCAUUCACUGAAAAUUAGUCAUGAUUUUUAAUGAAAUUAGCUAUGUUUAAGAAAUUCCAUUUCUAAGUUUGAAUAAUACUUAAAAUUUUUUUCAUAAAUUAAAAUAUAAGGGAACAAUUUGAAACAAUUGUUUUCAUAGCUCAUUUUCUCUCUCUACCUAAAAUUCUCUUAUUCCAAAUAUAUAACGGCUAGCACCAUGAUACCCCUCCCCUUUCUUUGGCCUACGGAAUGCUCUUGUACUGCUUAGAAUCUCAUUCUCCUAAACAUGAUCAUUUUUGGUUGAAGCCUUUCUUUGCCAUAUGAUCUCCUAGUAGAGCUUGGCAGUCCAAUAUGAACUACUUCAGUAAACCGACUGAACAUUUCAGAAAAGUAUUUUCAAGAGAUGGCCAGGUUUACUUGGAUUAGAGAUAAAAAUACCAAUGGUAGUAUUUUGCCCAAGAACAAUCCCACAUUAAUCUAUAAAUAUGGGGAAGUUGCCUUGUUGUACUUAAUUCUUUGGCCACAAACAGCAAAUUUUUGUUGUUUGCUUAUUGGUAUUUCUUGUAUAGAGAUCAAAAUGCCCUGAGAUUUUUAUAUCACUUACGGGGUCACUUAAGUUUUCAAAUAGGAAGAAUAGUGAAGCUACAUGGGACUGAACAUAAGAAAAAUUUUAUCUGUAUCAAAACAAGUUAUUAAUCUAACUGGGGUACCAUGAAUCAUUCAUUUAUAAGAUGUGGUAAAUAAAAUGGGAAGCAUUUCAAAUCACUGGAUAGUUCUGACCUGGAAUUAUUCUUUCUUAAAAAUCUUUAUUUGCUUUUUUCAUAGACUCAGUAAGAGCAUCUUAACUAAUAAGGGAGAGAUUUUGGUCUGGAGCUAUUCCCUGCCAUUCUGCUUUUUUUUCUUUUGUCAAGCUUGCUGGUUUUAGAAGAGUACAUGUCACUAGAUUUCUGGUUUCAAAUUAAUGACACUGGAAUGCUGAUGCUCAGUUGGGUAUCUUACUGCUUUCAACAAAAUGGUUUGAUAGUAUGUUCUCAGAUUUCUGUGUUCUUAAUAAUGGAAAAUAUCAAUACAUUAAAUGGUGUGAUUCAAAAUAUCAAAUAGGUUUUUUACCCUAAUCAUAUGUUCUUAACAACUUUUUGUUGAUUUAUUGCCCUGUAAGUUAAACCUCACAUGAGGUUACCAUUGCCACCAGAAAAUCCCCUUUUACCUGCUAAUUAGAAUGAAAGUAGUGUGUGACCUCCACUUUUUAGUUAAUGAGUGUAGCAAGCUUGUACUAGGGGCUGUUUAUCUUGCCCAUUUUGGGAUUGGGCCUUGUUACUUUCUAAUGUUUGGCCCUUCAGUUUUGGAAAGGCUAUUUAAAACUCUUGCUGGGAAACAGACAGUGAAGCUCUGAUAUAAUCCUCUAGACUUAGAUACAGAGAAAUGAGUACCAGUUGAUGCUAACAUGAUACUUAGACUUUGAGGGGCUUUCAUCCAAGCUUUGGCAUGAAUCUUUAGAUAGAAUUUUUUCACUCCUUUAAAAAUCUUUUCUAGAACGGUUUUCCUUUUGAUUGUUAACAACUUCUAAGCAUCUGGUGUCUUUUUUUUUUAACCCUUUAAGAAAAGUCCUUUUUUGAGUAGGUAUUGAUUGUUCCAUGGAUACUCUCAGGAGUGUUUGUAGGCUCUGCAUGCUUUGUAUGAGUUCAGUUUGAAUAAUGCGUUUUGAAUCAUCUGGGAUGUCCCAAUUCUGGCAUGUCCUCACUAAUUGUGUUUUUAAAACAUUUUUCUUGUCAUUUUCCAAACCUCACUUCCCAUCUUAUUCAGAGAGGUUAAUCAAGGAAUGAAAUUUGUUUGGGGAAUAGGGUUGGGGGUGGGUUGGGGACUCGAGUGAAGUCAGCUUGGGGUAUUUGCUUUAAAGUGUUUCUCAAGCAGUUCCUAACAGUAUUUAGAGAUUCCCUGGGAAUCCUUCAUUCUGGACAAAGUGGCGGUCUUAGUGAGAUUUGCGUUUUUAAUGCAGGACAGGCUCGAAAUUUAAUGUGUAGUGUAACUUAGUUAUUGAAUCCAAGAAGAUAAUGGACAGAGACAGUGCUCCUAUUGUAAUGUUUCUGGCAAGUGCUCCCUAAAAUGCACAUACAGUUGUCAGUUUUCUGGGCUUUUAAUCCCAUGGUGCUAGGAGAUAAUUUGUUUCUGCAGCUCUUCUCAAAAGUGGGAAGAAGGGUUUGGGACCAGUGAGCAAGGGGCAACUGGAUCAUCCGCUAAAUUUUUUUGUUCACAACACACUAGAGACCCUCCUGUAUAUCUAGUAAGUGAUAAUUAAGGUGCUAGGGAAAGCCUUAAAUUUGAAGACACAUGGAGGCCGUAGAAAAUCUAAACUUGGAGGAGAAAAACAUGCCAUUAGGUAAAGCAGAGCUGUAACUGCUGGCUAAGACUCAAUGGAACUUCCACUUGCUCUAAAACCAGGGAAAUCUUAGAUAACUGGGUGUGAUAUAUCUAUAGAUACACAUACUCUAUAGGUAAAUAAUUUCUAAAAAGAGGGUCUUUCAGUUGGUGAUCCUCUGGUUUUGGCUGUACCAAAUUGUGAAUAUUCUUGCUGUGUUGUACCCAGUUGCUUUAUAUUGGUACUGCAACUUGAAU